AUGCAGAACAACGAGAAUGCAGUUCUGAAAUUUCAGUUUUCUCGGAGCCUCAAUUCCUUUCAAAAAGAAAUCCAGCGGAAUGGUUUCGACUGCACUUCAAUUCUGGGUUAUAGAGGUCAGAUUAUCUGCUGGAAAUUUAAUCCCACAUGCAAGGAUGCGACAACCUAUACAUUUAGAUCAGCUACCGAAUCUUCAAAACCUAAGACUUUAAAAGCGAGAUCUUUCUUGAAAAGUCUGGACGUGCUUAACCUACCUAUUGAAGUGAACAAGACGCUGGUCUUCAGAUGUGUAGCAUAUAUCGCUGCACCUACGGGUAUCAAUGACAUUUUAUGGUUUGAAAGAGGAUAUCGUGGUACACAUAUGCAUAUACAGAAAAUAGAAACUAGACCUACUCGCGACUGUCUAAGUCCAGUAGUGUCAUUUCAUAAUUAUACUGUAAAACAAACGGACAUCGAUUUCACAAACAUCACAUGUUUUCUGAACGGCGAAACACUCACUAAACUACUCAUCAAAUCAACAGGCAGUAAGCGAGCAGAGACAACUCUGGGAAACAGCUAAU